UUGUGAGAAGUGAAGCUGUUAAAAUGUUGGUUGCUGGUGUUCUUCUAUUACUUAUUGUCGUCUGGUUUUCUUUUCGUGUUCUACGAAGUUAUUCGAAAUCAUUGUCAGAUUGCAAAAACUUACCAUGCAUGAAGAGUUGGUACCUAAUCGGCGAUAUACCUAAACUACACGGAAAUAAUAGAGAGUAUUUUAAGAGACUAAUGAAAUGCCUUGAAGAAUUUCGAGAACGUGGCAUACUUUGCUUAUGGUCAGGUAUCCAGCCUGCUGUUUUGAUUUUCAAAGAUGAAUAUGUACAGAGUGUAAUUGGCAACACGAAACACAUGGAAAAAAAUUUUUUGUAUACAUUUUUACACCCGUGGUUAGGAAAUGGUUUGCUAACUAGGUAUGUAUUUGACAAUUUAUUUGAAAAUACGAGGUGGUUCAAUUGGCUUAUUCCUGCUUCUGAAAGAAUAGAGCAUGCGGGGGAUCUAUUGUGCAGACAACGUUCGCAUGUGCAAAUGGUCGUGAAUGAUUUUUGCCACGGACCCUACACGUAUCUUUACCUCUUUGGGCUAGUUGCCGAAUAG